GUUUGCGGGUAUUUCUUGUGUCUUCAUGGUAUUAUAACAAGGAAAAUCAUGCAAACAGUGCAUAGUUUAAUCGGAACCCCACGUCGUUCAGUAUUUCACUAGUUUAUAAAAACUGUUCUUCGUUACGUGUAGGUUGUUGUUAACUUUGCAUAGCAAUAAUAUUACAAAAAAGAGCGUAUUGCAAUUAUAUUAGUUUGUAGUAUACGUUUGUUUUAUAUAUUUUGGAAUUAGUCUUGUGUCGCCGGUCGGGUGUGAGUAAAUGUAUUUGUGUCGUCGUUAAUUUACUGCAUUAAUAAGCCGUAUCGCUACAGAUCAGAUCGGUACACAAUCUGCAUCAUUUCUGUGCUGUAGUUUGCUUUACGUUACUGUUUUUCAAUUUUGGUUAGAAAUAUGCAAUAAAGCGGCAGUUUAAUACUAGGAUACUAGUAAGUUAUUCAAUUGAACGCCUUUGUAAUUCGUAGUUGCUUGAUAUACAGCAGUAUUAAACAAACAUGUUGUGUCUGUUUAAAAGAGUAGCCUGUGCCAGAUGGGUAGCGCUUUUUCAUCACCCCAAUCCUACACGGAUUAGUACAGGGACAGGUGGAAAUGCGCUUCACAAAAACACUUCAAGAAAGUUCAGCGCCUCUGCACAGAGGUGGACUGUCAUGCCAGCCUGGGUUAUUGAUAAGUACGGCAACAAUGAUGUUCUGCGGUACUCUACAAAUGCCAUGUUUCCAAUCAUAAACUACCCAAAUGAAGUUAUGGUAAAAGUCCACUCGGCGAGCCUAAAUCCCAUCGACAUUUCCAUGAGAAAUGGUUAUGGUGCAGCUACACUGCGUAUGAGACGUGAUCCUUUGAAUAUCAAUGCUGCUGGGAAUGAAUUUCCAUUAAUUCUUGGACGUGAUGUCUCAGGGGUGAUCAUGGAAUGCGGGCUGGAUGUGUCGUAUUUCAAACCUGGCGAUGAGGUGUGGGCUGCCAUUCCUCCCUGGAAACCAGGAAGUUUAGCUGAGUUUGUUGUAUUAAGUGGAAAUGAGGUGUCACACAGACCCAAGUCCCUCAGCCACACACAGGCUGCAGCCUUGCCCUAUGUUGCUUUAACAGCAUGGUCUGCCCUGGUGAAUACAGGGGGGCUGAAUAAGGACAACUGCACUGGGAAACGCAUUUUAAUUAUCGGUGCUUCAGGAGGAGUUGGAACAUUCUCAAUUCAGUUGAUGAAAGCCUGGGGUGCCCAUGUGACAGUUACUUGCUCCCAGAAUGCAGAGCAGCUAGUGAAGGGGCUUGGAGCAGACUGCGUGGUGGAUUAUCAAGCAGGAAGUGUGGAGACACAGCUGAGAGCUCUCAAACCGUUUGAUCUGAUUUUAGACAAUGUGGGAGGAGACACGGAGCAGUGGGCCUUGAGCUGCCUGAAGCCAUGGUCUGGAGCCAAAUAUGUCACCCUUGUGACACCCUUCGUGCUCAACACUGAUAGGCUGGGAAUAGCCGACGGAAUGCUUCAGUCAGGAGUCACCAUUGGCAGUAAAGCGCUAAAGCAUCUGUGUAAAGGAGUGCAUUAUCGCUGGGCGUUGUUCGCUCCUAGUGGUCCAGCCCUGGAUGAAGUGAGUGAACUUGUUGAUGCAGGAAAGAUCCGUCCUGUUGUAGAGCAGGUGUUCUCCUUUUCAGAAGUUCCCCAGGCCUUUCAGAAGCUGGGAAGAGGCCACGCCCGUGGGAAGACUGUGAUAAACAUCAGUGGGGAUCUGCAGUGACCUGACUGCUUUCCUCCACACAUCUUAAUUCAUUUUCUUUGCAGAGCCAGCACUUCUACGUUCUUAUUAUAUUUCUGAAAUCUAAAAUAUUAAAUAUAUUUAAAUCACUG